AUGAUACACAUAUUUUUGUUUUCGUUUAUUCGUACUACUGCUGCAUUAGACUUUUCAAACGAUUUUACAACAACUGAAAAAGCUCCAUUCUCCGCAGAGGCAGGUAUAUUUUCCAAUGAAGAAACAGGCCAAGUUUUUCCAAUGGCACCAGAUACUGAUUUCGAAGAAGCACGAGCAGCUUUAAGAGCAGUGAAAAAUGACGCAUCAAUUAUUGCCUCAGCCAAACCUCCAGGAUUCGAACCACAGCCUCCGGGCAUAGAAGAGAGUCCGGAGUUCAGAAUAAAGGAUUUCUCAAGACUGAGCACAGCUGCUCAAAGAGAUAUUCAUUCCACACCACCUCCAACAUUAGAAAGAGUGCUACCACCUAGUGACAGUGCUGUUGAAUCUUUCGGCGGCAAGGAACUCCCAAUGGAGCAAGAGGAAUCUUCGGGAGAGAAUAGGCCGAAUAACAGAUUGGAGAAAGAUGCUGCAGAAGAUAAAGAUACUGCAGAAGGUUCUGGACAAGAGGAACUGACUGGAAACGUUGAAAAAGUGUCCGGUGAAGUAGGGCAACAUUUCGAUGAACGUCGACCAACACUUCUUGAACUUGAACCGCAAGAACAUAUCCAGAUGGAGAAUGAAACAACAUCUGACACGUUUCACAGCAGCCCGAUCAGAACUCGUACCACAACCAGUUUCCCUGGAGUCAACUAUGAUCCCCCAAAUAUGGAAGAAACAACAACAUUAUUGUCUCUGACAGAAGAGGAAACACCAUUUCUGCGAACAGCAGCGAAUCUACUCAACAGUAUGUAUGAUGCCAUGCAAAGCAGUGUACCACCAGAUAAUGACUACAGUAAACCGGCUCAGGGAGCUGUACUGGCUAUUGCGGAAGUCAAUUCGCCACCGGAAACGGUAGCGACGAACGCAGCUGAAGAGGCGCCACCUCCAAGUACGGUAGAUUACGGUGCGGUCUUCGACAUGGUAGGACCGACACCACCACCGGAGAGCUAUUUCGGGGGAUCAAUGGGCUCGAGCUACGAUAUGCCGAGUCCCCAAACAAAUGGCUAUGAAGAUAUGCCAAGUCAGACUAUGACCGAAAAUAUGAGCCAGAAGCAGUUACAGGAUUUUUCUGAUAGUGCUGCAAGACAGAGCGUAGACGUCGGGCGUACGCUGAAAGUAUCAGAGUUGAAGAAAGUUACCACUUCUCGUUCACUAGCAAAAAAUAAGAAAUUGAAUAGGGAUGCUGGCAUCAAAGCGAUCGCCGAAAAGACAAUGCUUAUUGGUCCUCCAGCACAUCGUGCACCACCACGACGAGGAGCCGUUGAAGGGUGCCCCGAACCAGGACUAUGCGCUAAAAACUGUUUCGUAUACAUCAACGAAAGAGGUUGCCAGGACUGUCAAUGUUUAUGGCAAGCACUAUCUUGUGACGUCGACGACGAUUGUCCAGAAGCAGUGCAAUACUGCGAUUUAGGACGAUGUAACUGUCGUCCUGGUACACGACAAGAUAUGGGACGAUCAGGAUUUUGCGAAGCAGAUCCGGAUUACAAAGGAUCUCAACUCUUAGGCGCCGGACAAUUUCUAAGGAGGUUUAAACGUGUAGCAGCUGUUGGACCUCCAGUUGAAGGAGAUGAAACAGUUAGCACAGUUCUAGAAGAUAACCACAGUGCAAGGCUCUCAAGGGAGUUAACAAGCGGUAUAUUAGAAGAAGACGAUCCAACAUUGAGCACUGUCAUUAUUUCGAGGAGUUUGACGCCAUCAGACUCUUCCCAACCUCCCGCACCACCUCCGCGCGCUAGUGAUGUUUCAAGGAUACUUAUUGAUCGUAAUAUCGCCAGCACAUUCCCAUAUCUUCCUCCUCUUCAGCCGUUAUCCAGAAUUAUCAACAAAUCUCAUAAGUCUGCAACUACUGACAAAUCGAAUGAUAAGACAAGUGCAAAACGAUGGAAAGAUCGGAAAUCCAUCGGACUAGUGGAGUUUCCGAUCUCUGCCCGAUUUAUAGCCGCCAGAUCAAGAGGAGUUUCAGUCCUCCCUCCGUUACCUUUAGGAAUACACCCCUCGAAAGAAGAGCUACAACGUCAUAAUCAGUUCAAGAAAAGCCUCAUACGUUGA